UUCAUAGGUUUAAGCAGGUGUGACUUGUCUACAGACCAAGCGCCAUGGAUUUAAACAUUAAGGGUCUAUUCCUUACGCUGAUUUGUACAUCAGUCAGAAAAGUCACUGGAUCGUUCAUAGAACUACCAGCGAGGACUCAAAAUUUAGCACCAGACGGGAACAAUAAUAAUAUGAGUAUUAACACGAACACUAGCUCGUACAACAAAGGACAUCCUGUCUUUGCUCCACCUCAAGAACAACAGCCUAUAUAUGCUCGUCCACCGAAAAAGUACAUCGUCUUUGCUCCAAUACAAGGAGGAAAUGCAAGGCUUUUUUACAUGCCAAGGAACACUACAUUAAAUCCCUUGUCAAACAACUAUCAGUGGCAUCAACCGAUGUUUGAACACGCAAUUUGGUCUUUUACUUUAACUGUUUAUGUGAAAGGCAGUUACCCGUCCAUGUUGAAUAAUCCGAGUUCACCGACGUAUCAGACGUAUGCUACUGCCUUCAAACAAAGACUAGUCCUAAUAUACGGGGAUUAUGAGGGCUUCAAAGGCCUUACGAUAAAUGGAUUCUUUAAGGGUUCAAUUGCUUGUAAAUUUACCUUAAAAGGCAACACUGACUUCCAAAAGCAGGUUUUCGACAAAACGAAAUCCGAUUAUAGAGAUGUAAAUAUCACAGUUGACAGGAAAAUAUAUGCAGUUGAAAGCAACAAGACUGCUUCAGCAAUAGCUACAGAAAUGUUGGCGUCUACACGAGAGGACCGAAUCUGUAGUGCAUUACAAAACGUUUGUCCUUAUGAUACGCUUUGUUCAUGGAGUAAUUCAUCAGGGUUUGUUUGCAUUCAUAAAUGUGCUACAAAAAACCCUUGCUCACACGACGGGGAAUGCUACGUGAACACAGAAGGAACGGUGAAAUGCAGAUGCAAGGAAGAUUCGACCCUUGUUUACAAAGGUGACACAUGUGAGGAGGAAGUCUUUAAGUUCUUUAGUAAGAACAAUACUUACAUCUUCAAUACAUGUGAAUUUGCUGUCAUAAUCGGUCUCAUCGUACUUAUCAUCUGCCUCAUUGCUAGGAACAGACGCAGACAAACAGGAAAACCAAAUAGUCCGACGCUUCCCGGCACUGCAGAGGUCCAUAGAAAUACCUCCAGGAUGGAGAAUGAGGACAUGGAUAUUAUAUUGGAAACUCCGCCAGGUCAAAGACCAAUACCAGAGCAAGAACGUCGAAUGUAUCCGGCACCACAACUCUACCCGAGAUUGGCAGAUUAUCAUAAGACAGCAGUCGAAGCAGUGCAGAACAACAGGCCAAUACCAAGGCAAGGACGUUUGAUGUAUCCAGGACGACAAGCACCCAUGAACUGGACAGGUAACAAUAUGGCAGCCGAGGAAUUUGUACAAAACAGAUACAGAUACUGAAGAUUAGCUGAAAACUGGAAUAAGACACCAUAAACUACCAGCAAUUUCAGAGAACCGGAAUCCUUCAGUCAUAUGAACAGACAUGUUGUCUCAUUACAUGAUGAAAUGAUCCGACAUGAAUGUCUCUUCCAAUGGCGCAAACCUUGCAAAAAAAAAUCUUUUAUAAUGUGUAGGGCCUCCUUUUUCAGUGUUUUAUUUGAU